UCCCCAGCUCGUUCCGGAUGCCCCGCGUAAGAGCUAUAAAACCAGCGAUGCAGUUGACAUGUGUUUGUUUACGGACUGUGCUCUUCUUAAUCGACAAGCAGCUCUUUAUCCGAUUCGACUCACGCCAUUGACUCAACACGAGUCGCCAAAAUCAAGCCGAGACAGACAGACCUUCAAGGAGCACCGCCAAACAAAUUGCAGACUCAACUAUCAUCAUGGCAGCCACACUGCGUAAGAGAGACUCAAUGGAAGCUAGUGUAGAAACACCACUUUCCACGAAGCCUUCGAGUCCCCGUCCGGACACCGUUCAGAACAGAACGCCAUUGAGCCUCGUUACCCUGCCUCCCUCCAUUCGCAACACGAUUUACAGGUAUGCACUCGACACCGAACUCGUCAACACCGGUCUGGCCAAUGUGUCAUACACGCAUACUUUCAACAACAACACAGGAAUGUUGAAGUUCAAAGCGUCAAGACCGCCUUUCCCAGUGGAUACCGGUCUGUUUAGCGUAGACCAGCUCAUCAGCAGAGAGGCUCUUCGCUUCUUCUACUCUUCAAACCUCUUCGUCCGCUUCAGUAUCUUCACCCCCGACGCACGCCAUGCGAAAACAAUGCUUAUUGACUCUGGCAUUCUUUUCGCUACAACAUCUUCAGAGCUCGCUACUGGCACGCACCACGCUCUGGAUAUCUCACUCGUCGAGAAAGAAAGCGACAAGAAACGAGCAGUAGUUAUGUUUCCGGCACAAUACCUCCCUCGACUCAUCAACUUCCUGCGCGAGGCCGGCGAAGUAACGAAGUCAUGGGGCAGCACCCGCCGCCUGCAUCUUUCGCUGCUCAACAGCUACUCUUUCCCGACCUCGCGUCUGCAGGGCGAUCUCCUAGAGCCGUUCCGUGUGCUCAAGGGCUUUUCGGCCGUCACAAUCGACGCGCAGCACACACUGCCACACUACGCAGCCGGCCUCAGCGCUUCUAUGACAAGCAAAGAAUUCGAUGCCCAGCACUGGGUUGACACCAUCACCGAGCUUGCCGACCUCAGCGACGCCGCACGCGAGACCACAGAAAACGGCGUCGCCAACCUCGCCCUGAGCAUCGAGUACUCCCAGGCCGUCAUCGUGGCGCUUACCUACGGGUUCCUCACCUCUGCAGAAGCAAUCCAUGGCCCCUCGCAUGCAGAAGACAUAUUCAAAGCCAUCCAGCGACUACGCUGGCGAGUCGAGCUAGGCCUGGGCAUCGCGCUGUCGCUGCAGCACCGCGCGCUCGACACGCACAAGGAUUGGCUCAAUAACGUAGACCUAGACCUGAAGACGCGUAAACUGGCAGCCCGCGAUCUCCUACUCGCCGAGAAGAGUGUCUCCAAGGCGCUGAGUCUGGCGACGGACUCGCCCAGCCCGGCGGAGAACCCAUGGUUCUUGUCGUUGCCGGUUGAGCUAAUUCCGCCGAAUAAGCAGACGUGGUUCAGCGAGGGCGAGAGGGCGCAGACCUGGUACGCACUUGGCGUUGUGCAUACUUCGCUGGGCGAGUAUCUUUUUGCUGCUGGCGCGUUUGAGCGCGCGUUGGGCAUGUGGGGUACGAACGAGGGGGUCGAGAGGGUUGAGAAGGCGUUCGAGAAGGCGAGGAUGGGAGUUGAGAGUGAUAGAGAAGGGAUGUUUAAGGGUCGUGUUCAGCCUGGGACUGGGCUGCGGAGGGCCGCUAGGAUAGCGAGGCUUAGUGUGGAGGAGUAGAGUUGUGCUAUCUACAUAUACUAUCAGAGGAACAAGG